CUCAUGUGGAGCUUGUUGAACGUUAUUACUAGCUAGCUUGAUAGCAAAGAGCUGCAGAUUCCUAUACAUUCCUAGUAAACAGAGGAGCAUUUCAUUAACGAGUGUACAGCAUGUGAUGAUUCCGCCCCCUACAUUCAGUCUGGAGAUACAAGCGAACAUUCAGUAGCAUGCAAGCUAACUCCAAACAAUCAGGACAACUGCAAAAGUUUACACCAGGAGAUGGGACACCUAAAAUUAUACGCCAAAACAUCUACCAGCAAUGUGUAUCAACUAAUUCUGCAAAAUCCUCAUAUCCAGGACAAACCACCCCUGAAAAUCACCUAACAAAGGUCACCAUCCAGCAAGCAAACCGUGAACAGAAUUUGACUAGUAGCAUUCAGGCAAAGCGUGCACAAGAAAAUAAGUUUCAUCCAAUAUAUACAUUGCCUACAGGAAUUCAGGACUCUCAGAUUAUUCUAUGGAAUGUGCCUUCUAACUGCCAAAUAUUUGUACCUGUCCAAAACCUAAAUCUCCCAGUUGCUCCCACGGAUAAUCCUCCUAGUGGUUCACAUUGUGCCUUUAAAUCAAAUAGCAGUUUGUAUGUGCAACAGAAAACUACCUCCUUGGCAGCUGGCCCAAAUAUUUCACCACAGGUUAAAGCAAAACCAAUAGACACCAUAAGUCGUAAUGAAGCUAGAAGAGAUGUAAACACUAUUAACUUGAACAACAGGCAGCAACAUGCAAAUGCUCCUAAUUUGACACCAGGAUCAUCGAAAACGAGGUUAAGCUUGCCAUCUGAUCUGAAAUACAAGCCAACAGAAAAUGCAUCUCAAAGUAAUUCGUUUAGUGGCUGCUAUAACCAGGUAAUGGUUCCUGAGAAGGCAACCCAUGCUAAUGUGCAAGCACUUUCUACGUGUGUACAGAAUACUUGGGCACAGAGAGCUAUUGCGGUUGUCACACCAUUAUCUCCAAUAGGAACCACCCCUGUUGAUGCUACGGACGAAUCUGCUAAUAUUAAAAUAAACGCAAGGUCUGUGCAAGAUGAUGUACAACAUCUACCAAAUGUUCCACAUACUCUGGAGGCUUGCACAAAUCUUAGGGAUCAAACAGAAAAUAAAAAUGAACCAACAAGUGAGAAUCAACAACCAAAAUCAGCAGAGCCCAGGCUGAAUGGUGGAUGUGGAGCCGAAAGUCCUGUUAUAACUGCCAAAUCAGUCGUCCAGAGCCACUUUGCAAGUUUGCCGAAGCUUAAACGUGUGGAAGCAGAUCCAGAGAAAUCCAAUUCAGCUCCGAUGCAAACUGAGCCAAGUAAAAAUAUAAAUACCUGCACAAUCACAAAUAACAAAACCGGUGAAGCGGAAACUAUUCCUUUUAUUAAAUGGCCAUUAGAUCGGUUGCAUACCUUAACAAACAUGAUGCAGCAAAUUGAAAAUUCGCAACAAAAGAAUGUCCACAAAAAUGAUGCUGGGAAGGAAAUCCUAAAGCUUUACUGGAAUGGGGAUUAUCGCAAGUUUUUGGAGGCUGUCCAGACUGGCAUAUAUGAAAAUGUAAUGGAAGAGGUUUUUCUUUACUGUUCUAUGAAAGAGCCUGUGAUAUUGAGGCAAAUUAAAAGUGAUGCACGCAACAGAGUUAUCAAGGAUUUUCAGACUUUAAACCACAACGAAGAGCCACCGAAAACGACAUACAAAUCAUCUUGGUUGAACCUUAAUGAAAACGUUGACGACAUUGACAAGGAAUGUGGAUAUUCUUGGUUCUAUAGGUCUUGUCAAAAUUUUACAGAACCGACUCAAAACUAUACAACGACGACAUCAAGCGAAUUUCAAGAAGCUGCUGAAAUGCCAUCUCCUCCUAGGUUUAAACCAACAGCGGUGGAGAACAAAGUUUUAGAAGAAGCAACAAGAGACAAAAAGACGACUCCUGAAAACUUGUCUGUUGUUUAUAAUGGCCAAUCUCCUUCCGCGUUGACCAUUAACUCAUCACCAAAACAUAACGGUAUGGUUACAGUAAAAAACAAAAGUCAAACCAAUAUUACAAAUACUCUGGAGGAUGUGACUACCGGUGUGAAGGAUUCAGAUCAGCAAGAUGUCCUGAAUGGAAUGUCCAGUUCUGAGAAUCAAUGUUGUAAUGAUGCUAAAGCCAACCAUCUUGUGUUACCAAAAUAUACCAACCAAAGUGACUGCACAACCUCCCCAAAGCUCAAUCGUGAGUUUGCCUUCACCCCGGAGGAAAAUUCAGCAUCUGCACUUCAAAGCGCAUUGCUUCCAGUCACACCUUUAGCUGAACAUAAUCAGCAUACGGUGGAAAUGAGGAAAGACGUCGGAGAUCAGACAUUAUCAGACAAAACUUUGGACAGUGAAAGUCUUUGCAAAAAAUCUACACCUAUGACUGACAAUUGCGCAGUGAAGCCUAAUGUGGAUCAUAAACAAGUUAUUUCCCAACCAAAUACUACAACACCACUGAAUGGUUUAGCAAAUCUGGUGAGGAUAAUCAAAAAACGUCAAGAAUUAUUAAAGUGUCAGAACCUGUCUGGAAAAAACAGCAGUUUAAAAAGAAAGCAUCAACCAUCGUCACCACCAAGAUUGAAUGGAAGUUUAUGUAAUACUGCUGGAGCCAAAAGUCCUGUUUCUCCUAAUGGUACAUCAGCCCAAAGUGACUGCACAAAUCCACUGGCACUUAGUCCUGAGGCUGAAGUACAGUGGAAGUCUGUGCCAUUAACUUCAGUGCAAAAAGGUUCUAGUCAAAUUUUAAUGAACAGUGACUGUGGGACGCAUGACACCAUUUCAAAACCUGGUCAAGAAUCUUCUGUAACCACAAACGAAGAAGAGAUCGUUGAGAUGGACACUUCAGCUCCUCUUAAGAUUAAAGUUCUUCCUCGUGAAAUGGCGCAACAAUACUUUGAACAAAACAUGACUACACCACCAAAUAAGACUGAUGAUAACUACUCCCAAAAGUGCAGUAUGUUUAUAGAACAAACUACCAGUGAAUCAAAUACUGUACAUCCACUCGACGGCACAAGUCCAGACAAUGAGGUGGACAGUUCAGCUUCUUUUAUGAUUAACGUUCUCCCUCAUGAAGUGGCUAAGCAAUGCUUUGCUGGUGAAUUCAUGGAAAAUGAAGUCAUUUCUUCUGCUUUAGAGAAAAAGUCCUGUCUGUUAAAUUCAAUCCAAUACACAACAACUACUAAAGGACAAAUAAGCAUGCCGAGGUUGGAAGAGAUGGACAAGUGCUCAUCCAAAGGUACUGUGGUUUCAGAACAAACUAAUGGUCUUGGUGAGGCCAUGGCAGGCCUGGAUGGCAAUCUUUCUAAAGGAACCAAAAGGCCAGUGUUGACUGGAUCAAUGAACCGAAGUUGCAAUGAAAGUCCACCUAAACUUUAUCCAGUAAUCACAGAACCAUGUAAAAUUCUAAAUGAAUCCACUGUCGAAAUGCCUGUUCUUGACUGUAUGCUUAAGGAAGAGAGUGUUGGAUGUAAGACUGAUCAAAUAUAUAGUGAUGGACUUAACAUGGACACAAACGAAGAGAUUAACAAGAUUGAUGCUUUAGACUCCAUUCAGAUCAGUGUUCUUUCUCAUGAAGCGGCUGAACUUUGGUUUGCCGGUGAGGUGGAAAAUAAGGAUUUGAACAAUGACACUGGAGUUCAUAUUUCCACUAAGGACCAGGAUGAAUGUCAAGAUCUGGAGUUAAAUGAAGUAGUCGUCCUAGAAGAUGUGAAACCAAAGAGGAGUUCAGGUAAAGAGGAGUUGGAUUCUUUCUGUUGUCUUGCUAAAUGGUUCCAAACAUUAGACUUUGAUAAUGGCUCAUUGUGCAUGUGCCAUAAAAAAUCUGAGUUGAGUGAAAAAGGAAGUAAACCCAUUCACGACUCCAGUUUAGAUGUACAAACUAAUGAAGUAGAGGAAUGUGGAAUAGAGAUUAUUUCUGAUACCACAGAGGAUUCCGAUACCACAGAAGAUUCUGAAAUGGAGUGUUUUGAAAUCCAAGAGGAUUCUGAAACCAAAGAAGAUGAUAUUCCAAAAGAUCCUACCAUGGACAGGACAGAGAAUAAAGAUGUUUCAAGAUCUGAAGAGGCUUGUGCGGAAGAGACUGAAACUUUAGAGCAGACAAGAGAUGGAUCGCCUUUAAAAUGUGCAGCAAAUGCAACCCUGAAUCAUAAUGAGAUUGAGCAAGAUGCCCAAGUUGCUGAUUUUAAGAUAAAGACCAGUAGCGUAUUUCUCGCACUAUUUGGGUCAUCCUCUGGAACAAAAAAAGAAGUUAUGCCAACUAAAAGAUAUAAAGGGAUAGAAAAUUGUGAAGACCCUCCAGAAACUCUUCAAAUCACUUUAACAUCUAAUGAGAACAUUAAAGUGCAAAGAAAGUCCCGUAGAUGCAAAUCGGUGGAAUCAGAAGCUGGUGUGGAUGAAAAUGUGCCCUUCAAAAACAUGUCAAGGUGUGAAAACUUGCCAUCAAAUCCUAUUUCUGAACUCUCCAAAAAUGCAAUUUCACCAACAUCAAUCAGAAAAAUGUUAAAUCCAAAUGCCAAUGGAAAAUUUCAAUAUAAGAAGCGAAAGAGACAAAAUAAGUGUACAACGCAACAAAUGUCAAUGAAUAAAUUUGUCAUCAGAGGAAAGACCGGGGUAUCCAAUCUACCGCAUCCACUUGCAAAUGUACUGAAAAGUAAAUAUGAGUUGGGGAAUCCUGCUUUGAUGCCAUUGGAGGGAACUGCACUGGAAUUUAAAGUAUUGCCGGAGUCUUUUAACUUUCAAGAUGGAGCUGAACUCGAAAUGUCAUUAAGUACACAAAAUGCGACAUCAGUCCACGACGAUGAUGAAGCUAAAAGGAUGAAAAGUGGAGGUUCAACAGCACAAGGUGUGUGGAGUUUCAGCCCCUUGAAGAAAAAGCGCACACAGUCCAACCAGGCCACAGAUGUCAUCGGUCCGUGUAGCCUCUUUCAAGAAUUCAAGAAGAAAUAUCAGGAAAAAAGGGAAAUCACCUUCAAGCAGACUUGAAUUGCAAAGAAAGACCCUUUUCCCCCCGAUUAAAAUUGAAACAAAUGGACUUUUGUCAUGUUUUUUUACUUCCUGUAAAAACAAGAUACCUCAAAUGAAAUGUUGACACAUUUUUAACUGUUUACAUGAACAUGAAGAUUGUGAUACAUUUUUAUAUGCAUUAUUUGCACGAUGGUCAUCCAGUUCAGCGGCUGCUAAUAGCAAAGUUCUCCAGUAUUUGUGAGACUGCCAAUUCUGAAAACUUGCUGUCAUGUAGGGCCUUUUAUUUUGUAUGUUAUGAUGUUUGUGAUUCUGUUGGUGUGUAAAAAUGUGAGUAUUUUUGUAGUUUUGUAAAAGUAUGUUGUUUUUCUUUUUAAUAAUAAAACACUUUGUAAUACCUGUAGUUUUA